CAGGAAUGAGCCAAAGGAACAGGAUUAUAAUACCAGAAACCUUAUAAGAUCAAACCCUAUCGCCACCUUAAACUCGUAGGAUUUGCCUGACCAAAAAGGCGGUGGCGUCCAGGGGUACAAAAUGACUCAACUGCGUCCUGCACCUCUCCAUCGACUCCUUCGGAACUCGUUUAUUGCGUGGGAUCUGCAAACCGUUGGCUUUAGAGUUUCUUGAUACCUUGAUCUUCCAUCACGUCCUACCCUGUGACAUCGACAAUCAUCGCUGUGAUCUCACCCCGUCGCCAAAAUGCGCCCCCCGCUCCGGAUCGCCAUCCUUGAAUGCGACACUCCAAUAGAAAGUGUGGAUAAAAGGUAUAAUGGCUACUACGGCUUAUUUUCUCAACUUUUCCGCGAAUGCGCCAAGUCCCUGGGAUUAGAUCCCGAGGCUGGCCUUGACAUUACUCGAUGGGAUGUCGUGCAUGCGCAAGAGUACCCCAAAUUGGAGGAUGUUGAUGCGAUCGUGCAGACUGGAUCUAAACAUGACUCCUUUGAAAACGACCCUUGGAUCCUCAAAUUAGUCGAAUACACCCAGAAAGCCCUCCAAGACAACCGCGUCAAACUCCUCGGCAUCUGCUUCGGACACCAGAUCAUCGGCCGCGCACUCGGCGUCAAGGUCGGCCGCAGCGAUGCCGGCUGGGAGCUUGCAGUCUGCAACAUGGACUUGACAGAUCAGGGGAAGAAACUCUUUGGAAAGGAUAAACUGCGCAUCCACCAAAUGCACCGAGACAUCGUCCACAGCUGUCCCCCGACCGUGAUACCCCUGGGCUCCUCGCCCAAGUGCGCCCUACAGGGCAUGUACCUGCCGGGCAAGUUAAUAACAGUCCAGGGUCAUCCGGAAUACAACGGGUUCAUCGUUACCGAGAUUGUCAACAAGCGGACCCGGGAUGGCGUUUUCUCGAAAGAGCAGAGUGAGGAUGCACUGGCUAGAACGGAGCUGGCGCAUGAUGGGUUCGAUAUUUUGGUUGUUUUCUUGCAGUUUUUGCUUGGGGAGAUUGAAUAAAUACCCAUCUACUGGCAUCGAUUGCUGCAACAACUAGACUAUGGCUUGUAUUCCUCACCUUGUUUAUAGCGACGGUAUAUAGAGGAGACAAUUGUAUAUAUAUUUGAGGCACAUGAAUUCUAUCUUCUUGUAAAAGAUUCCUGGCCUGGUCCCCAUUGACGACAACAAAACACGCCGAUAGACCAACGCAAUGCAAUUGAGAUAGGUAUGGAUAGCGCCCGAGCGUUCAAUAUCCCCGAGCAUCUGGCACCC